AUGUAUUAUUUAAAAAAAGGAAAAAUGGAAAAUAUGUCUGUUAUUAUUAAAAAAAAUGAUAUAAAUAACUUAAAUUCCUAUAAAGAAGAAAAAAAUUAUAAUAAUAAUAAUAUGAGAAUUAAUGAUGCAAAUAUCAAUAACGAUUUAUUUUACCCUUUUUACCAAAAAUUUAAUCAGAUUUUUGAAUUCAUAAAAGAUACUAAAGAAAAUAAAAAUGAUUUAGAAGAUGAAAUUGACGAAAAUUUAAUAAAAACGUUAUAUAAUUUGUGUCAUGAAUUUAUAAAUUAUAUAAAAAACAUAAAUAAUUUUGGAAAUUUGAAUUUAAAUGAAAAUGAUCAAGAAUUGAUAAUUGAGUCGUAUGAAAAAUUUGUUCGUCAAUGUAAAGAAUAUAAUGAUAAGCCUAAAGUAAAACAAUUAGAAAAUGAAAUUUCUAAUUUGUUAGAUUUAUUAUUUAAUAAUACAUCAGAAGCUGUUAACACUUUGUUUUCCGCUGAUUCCUUUUUUGUUGAUCAUGUAGAGAAUUUAAAAUUAAGGUUAAAUGAAAGAAAUCAAAAAAUUGAGUUUGAGAAAGAAAGAUUAAAAAAAUUAGAAUUAGAAGAAAAAGUGGAGGAAUUUGAUGAAACAUUUGAAGAAAAUAAAAAAAAAAAUAAUGAAAUGGAUGAAACUAUUAGUAAAAUUAAAAAGGAAAUCAACAAGUUAAACGAAAAAAUAGAAAAAUACGAUAAUUACAUGAAAAAGAAAAGAAAAGAAAUAGAUAUAGAUUUUUCUGAUGCAUUAGACGGCAAAGAAAGAAUUAAAAUAUUAGAGGAAAGCAUAAAAACUAUAGAAAGAAACAUGAAAACUACCCAAUUGUCACCAUUAAAAAUAAUAGAAAAAACACCAUAUUAUAUUAUUUUUGAAUUUACGACACCAAGAAAUAUAAUGCAAUUUAGAAUAAAUAAUUAUGAAUCAGAAAAUGUUCAAGUAGAAGUUAAUCCAUAUGACCAAAAUAUUUUAUCAUAUAUAAAUGAAAAUAUAAAAAAAUGUAAAGAUAUUUCAGAAGUAACAUAUUUAAUUAAAGAGGCCAUUUACUUAAAUUUCCUAGACAUAUGA